AGCUCACACUGACACUGCUGGCUUACAUAGAUCGUCUCAUUUUCAGAUAUGUAGUGAGAUAUUGUAAGCUCUAUUUAUUAAAUCCAGUGUCUGAAUGCAUUUUAAUAGAAGCUGUGUUAUAGCCGCUUUCCUGCAGACUGGCUAUAGAGGAAACAACGUGCUUUGAAUACAGAGGACUUUCUGUAGUACCGCCCGGGCGCGAGUCAAAGACUCAAAACAGAGAAAUUACUCUCAUAUUCUAAAGGAGCGCAUUUAUAGAUUCAUUUUUAAUUCGUCUUACUGCCUCUUACUGGCUUUCUUUUGUGGACAUCAGCCUCUGGGCUAUUCAAGAAGAAGAAAAAGAGCGUUUACCUUCUGCGGGAGAGGGAAAUAAAAUAAAACACAUUCAAGGAAAGCAGCUGAUGAGAUAUCUGUCGCUUUGAGAUGCUUUAGUAAUUUUAACUGGACUCAUGGCUUCGCUUUACCAGAGAUUCUCGGGGAAGAUUAAUACCAACAAUUCUUUUCCCCAUCCACCUGAAGCCAGUCGUCUCCUGGGUGGACAGGUUCCUGAAGACGAGAAUAAGGCGGGGAAGAGUCCCCAUCAUGCCGCAUCCCGACCUCCGGUCCAGUACCGCAAGAGAAACGCCUGCGAGGAUGAAGAUGAGCUGGUGGGGAGUAGUCCUCCUCAGAGGAACUGGAAGGGAAUCGCCAUCGCAUUGCUGGUCAUCCUGGUCAUCUGCUCUCUGAUCGUCACCUCCGUCAUUCUGCUCACACCAAGUGAGGAUGACAGUCUGGCCUUCAAGAAGAAAGUCACUAUUGAGGAUCUCUUCAAUGGAAAGCUCCAGGCCCAUGACCCUGAGGCAACAUGGCUUAGCAACACUGAACUACUGUACCGUAAUCGUGAGGGUGAUGUUGUCAAACUCAACGUGCUGACCAACUCCACAGAAGUUCUUGUGAACCACAAGAUGUUUGAGAGUUUCCGCAACCAGGGAUUCUACAAACCCACCAAAUACCAAGUGUCUCCUGAUCUAAAAUAUGUGCUGUUGGCCUACAAUAUUGUGCCGCUUUAUCAAUUUUCCUUCAUGGCCUAUUACAUCAUCUGCAGCCUUGAAACUCCGGAGAAAGUGGAACUGACCCCUAAUGAAGUACAGAACACUGCACUGCAGUAUGCUGGAUGGGGCCCCAAAGAACAACAACUGAUUUUCAUCUUUGAGAAUAACAUCUACUACAAAGCGAGAGUGAACAGUCCAUCAAUCCGCCUGGUUUCUACGGGCAGUCAGGGGGUCAUAUUUAAUGGACUGGCUGACUGGCUUUAUGAAGAGGAGAUCUUCCAGAGUCAUAUCGCUCACUGGUGGUCACCGGAUGGUCUCAGACUGGCAUAUGCCACCAUCAACGAUACUCUGGUGCCCAGGAUGGAGAUACCCAUGUUCACAGGCACACCGUAUCCCACCGGACAAGAGUACCGCUAUCCUAAAGCUGGAGAGGAGAACCCUGAUAUCUACCUGUCAGUGGUGAGUCUGAAUGGCCCUUUACACACAGUGAGGAUGAAAAAACCAGAGGAUCCAAGAAUCAGGAAGGAGUACUAUAUUACUAUGGUGAAAUGGGCCACCAGCACCAAGCUUGCAGUAAACUGGCUGAACCGAGCGCAGAACAACUCCAUCCUCACCUUGUGUGAAGCCACAACAGGCAUCUGCACUAAGAAACAUGAGGAUGAGAGUGAAAGCUGGCUGCACAGACAGAACGAGCCCCCGCUGUUCUCCAAAGAUGGUCUGAGGUUCUUAUUCACGAGAGCCAUUCCACAAGGAGGCAGAGGGAAGUUCUUCCACAUAUCCAUGUCCACUUCUCAGCCCAACAGCAGUACAGACACACUACAGUCCCUGACGUCGGGAGACUGGGAUGUGACACAGAUCUUGGCUUACAAUGAAGACACCAAACUUGUCUACUUUCUGAGUACAGAAGACAAUGCAACACGCCGACAUCUCUAUGGAGCCGAAACCACAGGCUCCUUCAACCGACGCUGUCUUUCCUGUGAAUUCAAUUGUGGUUACAUCAGUGGAUCGUUCAGUCCAGAUGCUAACUACUUCCUUCUUAACUGCAAAGGCCCCGGUGUACCGUACUCAGCAGUGUAUAGCACCACAGACGGACAGUAUAACAAACUGCUGGAUGUUGAGACCAAUGAAGAGUUGAACACCAGAGUGAACAACACACAGAUGCCCAAAGUAGAGUACAAGAAGAUCAGCAUAGAUGAUUAUUGUCUGAACAUCCAGAUCCUGAGGCCAGCAGGUUUUAUAGACACAGCGCAUUACCCCUUACUACUGCUGGUGGAUGGCACCCCUGGUGUACAGGUGGUGACUGAGCGGUUUCAGGUGGACUGGACUACAGUGCUGGUCAGCUCCUUCAACACUAUCGUCAUGCGUCUGGAUGGCCGUGGCAGUGGCUUUCAGGGCACAAACCUCCUCCAACGAGUGAAGAAGAAAUUGGGAGAAUUUGAGGAGAGAGACCAGCUGGAAGCGCUUAGAAUUAUAUCACAGCUUCCAUACAUUGAUGUCUCAAGAAUUGGAGUUUAUGGAAAGGCAUAUGGAGGAUAUCUGGCCGGCAGACUGUUACGCUCUGAUGAACCUCCAAACAUGUUUAAAUUCAAAAUUAAGUGCGGUUCUGCCGUCUCCCCAAUGACUGAUUUUACCUUAUAUGCUUCUGCAUUUUCUGAACGAUAUUUAGGAUCACCGCAGUCCAAUAAGAGAGAAUACGAGAUGGCACGUUUAGCAGACAACAUAGAGCAACUGAGGGACAAGAAACUACUGAUAAUUCACCCAACAGCUGAUGAGAAAGUCCAUUUUCAGCACACGGCCAAAUUUAUCACCCAUUUGAUAAAUGAAAAGGCUAAUUAUACACUACAGAUCUACCCAGAUGAAGGCCACUUUCUUCACUCUAAGGACUCACAGCAGCACCUGAGUCAGACACUGGUCAACUUCUUCGUAGAGUGUUUCAGACCACCAGAGAUACUGAUUGAGGAAAAACUGGAGCAGGACAACGAGGAUGACAGUUAAAUUUACAUUUGUGCACAAGCCAGCUUAUAGCCCAAUAUGCAAACUCCUCCACUUCAUUACUCCCUCCUCCAUUCCCUUGUUAGUUUUGAUGGGUUCUCCUGAGCCUCUGGACGGACCACACCCCUCAACGCUGACUGGCUUAUUGGCUCCAGGGAAGAGUUUGAAUGACUUGUUGGUAUAAGAACCUGUGGAUGUUGACCCCUCUCAUAUUCAUCAGUAACACUCAAGCAGUGUGUGAAAACUGGCUGGACUAGGUCGCCCUGUUGAUCAUUUUUGUCUUGUGUUCUUUGUAAUUAAUGAACAGCUGUUAGAAAGCUUUAAGAGAGGUUAACAGCACAAUACACACAAGCUGGAAGAAUAAUUGGCAGGGAAAGCUGCAAAUUGCCCUGUUGUAUCCUUCUGAUGAGUUUAAUCUAGUUAUUACUCAGUUUAGGGCCUUUAUUUGGAUAUACACCGAUCAGCCACAACAUUAAAACCACCUGCCUAAUAUUGUGUAGGUCCCCCU